AAUGUGGCUGGGCUGGGUGUGAGUGUGAAUCUUUUCCUGUCUGGUGUGUGCUGGGCUCACAAAGACUCUUUGCUCCCUCGGGGUGGGGUGUGGUUUUUGGCCGAAGGUGACACUGUUUGGGAGCCCUGUGGAUGCGACGGGGUGUCUGCAAUGGGGCGUGUGUGAUCCCACGGUGCCCCUUCCCCUCUGCCUGCAGAGCUGAGGACAGAGGAGCAGAGCAGGAGCUCUGGGAAGGAGAAGAGCAAGAUGAAGAUGGCGUCUAAGACGAGGCCAGAUGGAGUCCAAGAGGGAUAGGAAGGAGAGAACGAGCGCCCCAGUACCCAAGAAUAAUAAGGUGCAUCCUAGCUUGGCCCGGGGCUCUGCGGGGUUAAGACCAGUGGAAGGGACAAGAGUCUCCUGUGCAGAGUGACGAUUUUGGGUGCAGGUGCACUGGGGUGCUUCUAAUUGUAGCUCCGAGAACAUCAUGGGAAGGGGGUUCAGGAUAGAGCCCUGGGGUGUGGGAGAUGCGAAAAGAAGAGUCCCGCCAUCACGGCAGAGUGUGACGAUAACUUUUGUUUUUCCUUCUUGCGUUGUGUUUGGCACCACGGGAAAAGAAGUGUGUAAGUGUAUGUGUGUAUGUUGGAGGGUGAGAGGGGCGGGGACAGAGUCCGUCCUGGUGGAGAGAUGGAAAGCGAGCGAGAGCGCAAGCACUGUUAAUGCCAGGCAAGACCUGUUGAGCUGGGAGUGGAGCAGCUGUCUCUGUCUGUGAGAGGAGUGCUUGGUUUGGGGACUGCUCAUCUCUCUUGGUGGGAGUGGUGUGUCCAAGCCCAGCAGGAGGUUGGAUCCAGGAGGGUGACUCCAGAUGCUGAGUUACUUUAAUUUCUCCUAUUCCCCCUCUCUCUGUCUUGUCUUCUGUGUUGGACAACGCACCUUCUCUCUCUCUUUGUUGUGCCUCCUACUGCAGGCCAUGGGCAGGAGAAGUGCGCAUUGAUCCCCACAGGCGUGGUCUCGAGAGCCUGCACCAUCUAGCAGGAGGGAAGAGAAUCAUAGCGGGUCCUGGAGGCGACAGUGGGGGAGGUGGGGUGACUGGCCACGCAGCCCAUUGCCUCUGUCUCUUUUCAUCGCGUGGGGCUGCUCUAGAGCAUGUGGGAGACGGAGGGAGGCCGAGCUCUCGCGCACCAGUAGAGCUGUGGACAGGGCUGCCUCGCUCAUCGGUUAUUUCCUGCGCUUGCAGAUGCGUCGCCCAGGAGCCCCAGGCAGAGGAGAAGCUGGAAGAAGUGGAGCUGAGCAGGCUGGACAUCCCGGUAAGCAGAGAUGAACAGUCCUGAGCUUUCUGCCUUUCCCAGCACUGGGUGUGAGUCAGCGGUGACGGCACUCUCUUCCUCAGCUCUUCCCAGCCAGUCGAUGGCCCAGUGUCAUCACCCUGCCUGCUGGCUGGGCAGGGUAACUCCUCAGGUCACCACCACCCUCUCCAGCCUGCCUCAGGCUUGGAGAGUGAGGAGAUGGGUGAGGGACGACACUGAACAUCCUCCAUCCAUCGCUCCAUCACCAGAGCAAGAUGAGGCCCAGCAGCUCGCGUUCCUGCAUGCCAUCUACCCCACGUGUCUCGCUGCACACAAGAGAGGGCAGGACACACUGGAGCCGAACUGCUGCAAGGUGGCUGUGGUGGAGAGGAUUGUGGAGCUCAUUGAGGAGCUUCCUGAUGACUCUCCACCCGGCGCCAUCCUGGCCAAUUGCCUGAUUGCUGUGGGCAACCUCAGGUACCGAGACUCUCUUGCCCAGUUCCCCUCACCCCAGUGCUGCUCAGGUCCAUGGCUGGGAGUCACUGUCCCUCCCACUCCCAGGUCACCUCCAGAGGAGCUGGAGACCCACCUCCUUCGUGCUGCCCUUCAUGCCAUGUUCACCCUAAGCAUGGAGAAGGACCCCACCCAAGUCCAGGUAGAUCAUGCUAAAGUCAUGGCUUGA